GUUGAAUUGCAGUUACCAUGGCAACACAUGGUUAACCACUGAAUAACUCCAACUGUUAAUUAUUUGGUCCAGUGGUUUACAGGCGAUAUAAGGUCAAAUAUAUAAGGAGGUGACAGACAGAUUAAAUUGAUUUUGCAGUUUGUGACAAUUUUGAAUCCGGCAAAAGCUGCUCAAAGAUGGACUGCGGCCCAAACGCACCCUACCUGAAAGAUCCCACAAUGGAGCUGUAUCUGGGAAAGGAGAGGAGAUACUCAACACUAAACAUACCGUCGGUAGAGUUUUGGACUAUGCUGCCAAAUUCUCUGACAGGCCGAAAUGAGUUCACAGAUUACAAAGAAAGGAAAGCAGAGCUAAGGAAUGAACUGGCAAACCUUAAGAAAAAGACAAAUGACCUUGAGAAGCUCAUCAGGCCACUGGAAACAGAAGUGAAAUGCAAUCAACAUUUCUGUGAGCGAGAACUGAACCACAUGAGGAAUUUCAUCACACGAAUUGAAAGAAAACCCAUUGAUGCAAAAAACCUAUUUGAAAAUGCCAUCAAGUCCAAACAGGAGAACAGCGGUACACUGGUGAAGUGUUUGGAGGAGGUGAUGGCCGCGAAAUGUGAAUUUGACAGGGUUGAGCAUAUCCUCAAUAGACAUAAGUGUUACGCAAACGUAUUGUUCAAUCUUGCACCUCAAGAGUGGCAGGAAGCCAAGGAAGCUGAAAUAUUGAAAGCUAAAGAAGCUCGGAAGGAGCACAGCACCGAGCCUGAAGAAACUGCAGAGAGCAAAAGUGUGGAAGGAGAUCCCACAUCCAGUUCAGAUAAAACCCUGCCUCCAGAGUCCACGUCGCCCACGGCACAGACAGACACACAAUCAACAGAAUCAGCUGUGCCUGAUGACAGUGACGAUGACGAGAGGAUAGUCGAGAUCUACUUCUCUGAUCCUUUUGAGGUUGUGAUUUUACCAUCGGAGUUAACCGACCAGAUCCUUUCUCUGAUAGAGAACGCCACUGAAAUGGAUAAAAUACUGGAGCAGACCUUGGAGUCCACCGAACUUAAAAUGGCAGAGGAUGAGAAGAAACUAACACAGCAAGAAAGCAACUUGGAGGGCAGAAUUGAAAUGGAAAAGAAGAGAGCCGUGGUGCUCAGAAAGCAGGUUCAGCUCCAUAACUCACUAGAAACAAAAGACGAGGAUAUACUGUUAGAAACUCUGGGUAAGAAGGUAACAGAAGUUUACUUUUGCUGCUUCGAGCACCGGAUUGCCAAUCAAGCAACUUUGGAAAAGCUCUGCUGUGUUGAGCACCGUAUGAACCUGUUGCUGCAGCAAAUUGAGAAAAUCCCUAGAGAUAUGUUUGAGACACUGUGGGAAAUCAAGGAUGGAGAGAGGAGAACCAGGGCGCAUGAGGAAAAGCUCCGGGAGGAGAGGGAGAGGGAGAGAGAAAAGAUGAGCAAGUGCAUGAAACGAGCUUCGGGCGACAUCAAGAAAGCUCCUGGAAGAAAGAUCAUGCAAAGAUGGAUUCCUCUCAAAAAGAAGGCGCAAGUUACCAAUGUUCCGACUAUUCUCGAGGAAAUAGACCCGUACGCUGAGCUCUAUAUUGACUGUGAUUAAAGAUUAAACUCCUACUGAACCGUCUCAGAACAAAAUAGA